GCUGUAGCUGAUGCCCAGGCCCCCCUGGCAUGAUGCCGUCCAGGACCAAUCUCUCUGCUGGGAUCCCCAGUAGCAAAGUCAAAUAUUCCAAACUCUCCAGCACCGACGAUGGGUACAUCGACCUGCAGUUCAAGAAGAGCCCACCCAAAAUCCCCUACAAGGCCAUCGCACUGGCCGUGGUGCUCUUCAUGAUCGGGACCUUCCUCAUCAUCAUCGGAGCCCUGCUGCUGGCAGGGUACAUCAGCAAAGGGGACACCGACCGCGCCAUCCCCGUGCUCAUCAUCGGCAUCCUGGUGUUCCUGCCCGGCUUCUACCACCUGCGCAUCGCCUACUACGCCUCCAAGGGCUACCGGGGCUACUCCUACGACGACAUCCCCGACUUCGACGACUGAGCUCUUAAUGAACCCGCCCUAAUUAGGCUGGCAGCGCCCCUGGGUGCCGCAGGGCGAGGCUGCUGGCCCGGCCUGGAGGCGUGCAGGUUUUCCCGGUUGGGGGGCGUUGACCAAAAGGAAUUGCCAAGAACUUGGGAUUUGUGGGGUUUUUUCCCUCCUCUCGGGGUUGCAUAAUUCCCCUCGCUGGGGAGCUCUUCCUGGGCGAGGCAAUCCUUGCAGUUUUCCAAAAAUAGAGCAGCUGGUUGCAGCAGCAAUUUGUUUUUCCUCUGAGCGUUUUCUAGAGUUUAAUUUAGCUUUCCGUGACACUGUGGUUAUUGUUGGGUUACCUUUGCAGACAGACCAUCAUUAAAUUCUCCUGUUGCUCUCUGUCCAUCAGAAACGCUUCCCAACUGGUCCUGGGGUAAAUCAAGUGGGAUGAGGGGGGAGGUGAUUUCCACACAGGGCACUGGCUCCAGAGCCCCCUGUCAGCCUGGCCAGCUCAUUUCCCCACAAACACCUCCCUGAGCCAGCUUUGCCUGUGCUGCUGCUGGCAAAACCUGCUCAUCCUUCCCAGGGACUGCUGCUGGAGUCUGCCUGGCACUGCAACAACCAGAUGGGUACUGGGAGGAGGAUUGGAACCCAGACUCAAGGGUCUAAAUACCAAAAAUCUUGGGCUGGACUGAUGUGGCUGUUGGAGACACCUGAACUCCAGCUUUGGAGUCCUCUGUGUGGAUAAUUUGCUGUGCAGACGUGGCCAGGCCAGUGAGGAGAAGUUCUCUGUGUAGUCAGUGCUGACCAAACCCCUCUGGGUUGCUUUGCCAGCUUUGCUGCUGUGUCAUUCAGGGAGCUCAGAGCCUCCAGCUCUGCGGGGCCAGAGCAGAACUGCACAACGAGCAGCCAUGCACGUGGGUGCAUUUCACACCAAUAAAGUUCUGUGUUCUCUGCAA